AUGCAAACCCAAAAUAAGGGCCUUGACAUGUCCUAUACCAUCUGGUUGCUUUUCGUGCUAGGUACCAGUGACCUCAGAAAGGUCACGGGAAAUGUUGACUAUCAUUGGCCGGGAAAUGGUACUCGUGAUAAUCCACAUAUAAUAUCCUGGACUCCAAAUGAUGCGUUGAAUGCCCGCAAUUAUGGCACAGCGAGAAAAGUCAUCAUCAUAGCCCUUUCAGGACUGUCAACUCUCUCUGUCGCCUUUGCGUCGAGUUCUUAUUCAGGAGAUAUAUCCUCCAUUUGCCAGGAUUUUGAGGUUUCUGUUGAGGCUGCGACGCUGGGGUUGUCGCUGUAUGUCCUGGGCUUCGCGGUAGGGCCUUUGCUGUGGGCACCACUGAGUGAAGCAUUUGGCAGGAGAAUCAUGUUCUUGGGUACCUUCACCCUUUUCACGCUUUUUAACGUUGCGGCAGCCGCUUCAGCCAAUUUCGCCUCGUUGGUUAUAUUCCGAGCUUUGGCCGGAACUUUUGGCAGUGCACCUCUCACGAACUCUGGGGGCAUUGUGGCCGAUCUCUACAGUGCAGAAACGAGAGGACUUGCUGCGGUUUUCUACUCUUGUGCUACCUUUCUCGGGCCUGUCCUUGGUCCCAUUGUGGGCGGAUUUCUCGGCCAGGCAGCAGGGUGGAGAUGGAUUGAGGGCUUAGUGGCAAUAUACGCAGGAACUAUGCUAAUACUCGGAAUUCUUUGUGUUCCCGAAACCUUUAAUAACGUUCUUCUUCGACAUCGAGCCGCCGUGCUGUCGAUACGGACGGGAAAAUCAUAUGUUACGAGCGUCGAUCAUCAGAAUCCUCCAGGAUCUCUGGCGGAAAGAUUUCAAGUAGCCACGGCCCGUCCCUUGCGACUCCUCUCCAGAGAGCCCAUCGUUGUGGUUCUCGCACUCUAUAUGUCUUUCAUUUACGGUACCACCUAUCUACUACUAGCAGCACUACCCGUUGUGUUCCAACAUGUUCGCGGAUGGAGCCCUGGGAUCGGUGGUCUUUCAUUUAUAUCGAUUGCGGUCGGUAUGCUGUUUGCAACAGUUUUUAUGGUUUUCAUCAACUUCCAAUACGCGAGGAAAUCUAAGACCUCCGAGACAGGCCAGCUGCCCGCCGAAGCUCGCCUGCCUUCUGGCAAGGUUGGGGCUGUUAUGAUUCCUAUCGGCCUGUUCCUUUUUGCAUGGACCAAUUCUCCCUCAAUACACUGGGCUGUUUGCAUGGUGGGUACCGCCUUUUUUGGGUUUGGUAAUAUCUGUGUCUCAUUAGCAUUGGUCAACUAUCUUGUCGAUAGCUAUGUGACCUAUGCUGCCUCGGCUCUGGCCGCUGCGACAGUAAUGCGAUCAUUUUGCGGCGCGGCGUUCCCACUUUUCACAACGUAUUUGUACGAAGGAUUGGGGAUUCACUGGGCAAGCAGUGUUCCGGCCUUUCUGUCUCUUGCCUGUCUUCCAGCCCCCUUCCUUUUGUCUAAAUACGGCUCCCGACUACGCCAGCGUUCCAGGUUUGCCAUUGCAAUGAGUGGAGGAGACGUAUCAUCAUCUUAG